AUGGGCUCCCGAACAACUCAUAUUAAACCCGCCGCUGCUGAUCACUCACUCACCCAUCCAGCCCCUCCAAUGGCCUCCCCGUCCCCGCCCUCAAGCGUCGAGUCGUCCCCCGCCGCACGCCCAGCGACACGUCUCGGCACCCUCGACCAGUUCAAGAGCCCCGCGCUCCCCAAUCCCCGCACCCACGACGUCUUCCAGUCCAUCGUCAAGGGACGCAAGAGUUGGAAAACACUACGCGGGGGCGAGAUUGUAUGGCCCCCCGAGCUCGAAGCCGCGCUCAUCGAAGGUCUCGAGAAUUACCAGCCGGACGACUCGAGGGAGACGCGCCUGCUCGGGCGCUUCCCGAUGCGCAACCGCUUCAUUUCGGACUGGAUAUACGAGAAGACGGGCAAGCGCCGUACGGCCAAGCAGGUCGGCAGCCGGCUGCAGCAGCUCAGAGAUACGUGCGGUGGGAAACGACUACUCAACUUGCUCUCACCGACCCGCCGACCAUGUCCCCGGCCCAUCUCCCGCUCGCCCGAGUUCGCACACCGCGAUGGGCACUUGUCUGCAUCUGUAGCGGCGUCUGCGUACGGGCUUCCCUCGCUGCGGUACGAGUCCGAGUCGGGCAGCGACUCCUCGAGCGCAAGCGCACCGGCGACGCCCACUGAAGCGCACGCGACGCUCCAGAACCUGCUGUACCGCGGCGUCGAGCCGCGCGUUGAGUCGAUCCCCGAAACCAUUGUCUACAUCGACCUUUUGCCCGAAGACCCCUCUGACCACCUCACCAACUCCUCUGCCUCAUCUUCGAGGGACGAGGAGAGGAUGUGGGAGGAGCACGGCCACCGCAUCUCCCGAGCGUCUCCCCAUCCACGCCGCCUAAGGGAUAUAGACCCGACGAUCACACUAAUUUCGAGGGCGGCGACUACAGCGCACUCGCAGUUCACAGUGUACACGGACGGCGGGGUCGUUUAUUCCGAGACGGUCGAGCUGGAGCCGCUGGACCCAACACAAGCCACGAGUGUCGACGGCGCGCUACUUUACAAGACCUCGCUCGUCCCGGGGUAUUGGGAUACGAUCGUGAAUAGUUCGAACGCCUCGCAGUACAUCAUCCUCCAACGAGUAACGCAGGACCCCUCGCCCUCAUCGCCCUCAUCCUCUCCCACCUUCCUCUUCUCAGCGAUGUACAAAUUCACAUACGCCCCGCCCCACUCCUCAAGCUCCUCCUUCUCGCCAUCGCCAUCGCCGUCCUUCUCCCACACGCAUCUCGAGCAAAGUCAAAGCUUUUCUCCUCAGCACCACGCGGUCUACCCAGACGUUAUGGCCCAGUUCGACAACCUCAUCUCGAUCGACGCAGACGGAUUCGGGGACAUCUCGCAUAUGGGCAUGGCCCACCUGAACGGCAUGAACAUGGGCUCCUCCAUCGACUCCUCGAUGAGCUCCAUGAACGUGAACGCCUCGAUGAUGGGCUUCACCUCCACCGGCCCACCCGGCGCGAAGAACCCACAGCAGUUCUUCGACCUCAGCGCCGUGGGGUACGCCGGGCUUCCCACCUCAAAUUCCGGAUCCAUGGACGACGGGUGCUGGUCUUCUUCAUCAAGUAGUGGGAGCGGGGCGGGCAGCGUGUACGCCAGCCCCGUGGACUGCAACCAGCCGACGCUACCUCUGCCGUGUACGAUGCCCAGCGCCGGGAGCCUGAGCCCCUUGGGUGCUGGUGCUGGUGGUAGUAACGGAGGUGGCAGUGGAGGGGCGGAGAGCGGGCAAAUGUUUCCCCACUUGAACGAUGUCCCGAACUAUGCUCUAUGA